AUGCACAUCGACAAACAGAGGGCAGAUGCCUCUUUUUGCUGGUUGCAAUGGCCAACAGGUGAGCUGGGACACGAGUUGCCCAUUACUGUAGGCUCUUUUACUGGUCCAAGCUGUUCUAGUAACUGGACUUAUUUCAAUAUUUAUUUUUAUUAUUUUGCUUGUAGACCCUUCGAGACAAGACCAAUAGAAGAGUUUGGACAAGCAGCUGGUGUUCCAGCUCCUCAGUAUGUCCACAUCCUUGAAAACGAUUACGGUGAUUACGAGAAUAAACUCCGUCGUCAGGGCAUCGAACCCAUCUCCCAUCUGCGACAGCACUUCGGUGGAGGUACUGGUGGCGACUACGUGUGCACUUGCGCGUCUCCAUCAAAAGAGGAACUAGCUGCUGGUCAUUUAGCCUGUGGAAAGGCCUGUAUCAAUCGGUGUGUCCAUAUGGAAUGUGACUCGAGAUGUCCGGCCCGCUUUCUCUGCUCGAAUAGACGGUUUCAAUUAAGACUUUAUGCACCCACAGAACCGUUUUUUUGUGGCCCUCACAAAGGUUGGGGUCUUAGGGCUACGAAAGAUAUUUCUAACUUAGGGGCGAUGAAGCAGCCACAUCAUUACUUCAUGUCAGUAGCUCCCGAUUUCAUUAUUGAUUCUGGAACCAAGGGUAAUUGGUCGCGCUUUGUGAAUCACUCCUGUGAACCCAAUGCCGAGACUGAGAAGUGGAUAGUACAAGGUUUACCAAGAGUUGGCUUCUUCGCUUCACGAGAUAUCGGAGUCGGUGAAGAGAUAACAAUCGAUUACAAUUUCGUACAGUAUGGUAGGACUGAGCAAAAGUGCUACUGCGGUAGCAAUUCAUGCACAGGCGUUAUGGGCUUUACGGACAAGCAAUUUAGGGAUAAGGUCUGUUUACGGGAUACCCGAGUGGUGGAUCGUUUGAUCAACCGACUUCUAGAAGGUGAAACCUUAAAAAGUACCAACGAUGUAACGAAUCUGAUCCAGGUUCUGCUACAAGGCUAUAUCACGCGUUAUAGCCGCAAGGAAUUAUUGAAUGUUGUCAUAGAAACUCAGAACGCAGACUGUUUGAAAGCUUUUCGAACUUAUAAUGGCCUUGAGGUUCUUGCUUCUUACAUGUGUGAUACCAGCACCACUGACUGGGAAAUGAAGCUAAAGAUCCUUCAAUGUAUUGAUCGGAUCCCGGUCACUGCACAACAACAAGUUCAAACGAACUCGGAUUUGAUGGGUUAUGUAAAGCAGUGGUCGAUAGAUCCCCGCUACUGCAAGUCUCGGUCGAACGCAGAUGAGAUUGAAUCGAAAGCACUUACUGCUGAUCGACAACAAGAGCAACAGCAUUCAGAUAGCCAAAAUGAAAUUGAAAAAUCUUCAAAUGUGGAAGAUGAUAACGUGGAGAGAAAUGGCGAAAACAGCACGGAAUUCGAUCCGAACUCAAUUAAACUCUACUCACCAUCAACUGAGCGAGAAGUGAUCGAGAGUAUUCGUCAGUUGGCUUCACAAAUUCAUCAGCGUUGGUCAAGUCUUCCUUUGAAAAUAUUUCGAAUUCCCCGAAUGGAGCAUAAACCGAACGGAGAGAGAUCUCGUUCUAGAUCACCACCCCUGUCAUUGGUUAACCAAUGUGUUCCCUCACAAAACAGCAACAAUGAUAUGUAUCGACUGUGGCGUAUGUCGUCUGAUUCACCAAAGAAAAGCUAUUCUAAGAGAAGAAGAUUUGAUCCUAGAUCCAAAAGCAAUCACAGUACUGGACGCAAUGUCCUCGCUCCCAAAAAAUGUUCAAGUUCUCCCGAACGAAAGCCUAACGUCGAAAUGCCUAAGACUGUAUCUGAUGCAAAUAAAUCUUUUUCUUCUCCCUUCAAAUCAGAAAUAGGCCUAACUUCCCCGUUAACAAUCCCUCAAAGUCUGCUGGAUCUUUUAGAAGAGGCUUUAAGACAUGUUAUGAAGACAUACACUAUCCCAGAUGAAGAUUUCUUAGCUGUGAAGGCGGCUGCAAAAGAGCAAAUGUUGGCCAAAGUCAAAGAGUACUAUCGUAACACCGGCGAAAAAAUGGCAGAGAAAUAUUUGAAUGAAGUAAUUAAAGCCGCGAAAGGGGACGUAGCAAAUGAUUCUAAAGACGCUGAAUGGAAAUCCGCUACUGAUCCUCAAUCAGGGAAAACAUAUUACUACAAUACUAGUACCAGGGAGACGCGUUGGGAUCCACCUACUUCUCAUAGGGUUUCGCUGUCGAAAAAUCCCACUUUUAGGAAGUUGUUUGAAAAAAUCUAUGCGAACAAUGUAAAUACUUUGAAACAAUUUAGACGCCCGAAUUGCCUCACAGGGCGGUUGACUAGUGAUGAAGAUUUGAAAUAUGUUGCCAGUGGGUUUGCUAACAAGUUCACCAGGGAACUUUGUGCUCAUACCGCAGACAUCGAGAGCAUUGUCUUGGAUACGAAAUUGUUGCAAAAACUAAAUAGUAAAGUUGUUUCCUACAUGCUAAAACAUGGACCGGUCUAUGUUCGCAGUCAUCGUAGCAAAUCCCGAUCUCAACAGGCUGUUGCCAAUGAUUCCCGUGCUGCUGCCACCACUGUUACCAAUCUCACUCAUCAGCAACGAAGUGCUGAGGUAAACAGCGACAUGGAAAUUGACGAUGACUAG